CGCGAACACGAGGGGGUUUAAAAUAAAAAUGUAUAUGAUAAUAAUUUUGUUUUUCUUUUCCCUUUUCUUUUCCCUUUUCUUUUCUCUUUUCUUUUCUCUUUUUUUAAGUUUCUUUUUUCGAAAUGGUUCGAUGGGGUCUGCAUACAUAAACUCUCUCCCCCUAGUGCAGAGUCAUAUGUAUGGUUAAAUGUAGUGUGCCAAAUUCUAUAGGACAAAAGAAAUUAUUAACAUACCCUAUGGCUCCAUACUCGGUAGUCAAUUUACUCCAAUAAAAUACACUAUAUCAUCUUGUGCUUUCUAAGUUAAUUAAUUAAUUUCCCGUCUUAUGGUUACGUAUCGACAAGGCCUUUACUCGGAAUUAUAACCAUCUCCUAUCCUUCUCGCUAUUCCGUCCGCCAAAUUCCUGCGAAGAAACACCGAGAAAAGGACAUCAUAAAUAAUGUAGAAUGCAACAAUGUACUUGCGGAGUACUACUAGUAUGCAAAUGCACGUACGGGAUUUGAACGACAGCCCCUGAUUCACCCUUCAACUCCACCGACAAAUCCCGUUGUCGCAGGCACGCCUAAAAUGGAGAACCACUGUGGGAAAUUUUUUAGACCAAUACAUAGUAAUGGUGGGCACGACCAUUGUUGAACUAAAAGUUGAUCUAAACCCAUUUUCAAAAGGCUACAGGGUUUGGAUCGGUGCCAAGUGGGGAAGCCCGAGGCAGCUGCUUAUCAUUCUUUGGGUGGAAGUCACAGCCGCGAUCGCCGGGUGAGA